UCUGUUUCAGUUUGGGACGGCUUCAUUCUCGACCCACGUCAGCUCAUUCCUACCGGUCGCGAAACAUGGGCCGGAAUCAAAGUGGUGAUCGAGGCUGUGUUGAAUCUGAAGCAAGGUAACGUUGCGACAUGCGAUGGCGUUGAAAAUGAACACUACUUGGAGCGUGAUGCCAAGCACUACGAGCACCUCGAGCACAACGACCGUGUCGACGCUGACGAGAGAACCAAAUGCAGCCGACUCUACAAAAUUCGAGCAACAACCGACGUAAUGCACAUAGUGCAAGACAGUGACCCUCAAUUCAUCAUGAUUGAAACACAACAUACUGCAGCUCGCACCUACGAUAGGACCACCACACCAAACACUGCAAUACCACUUCCGAAUGCCCUUCCGUUCGAGCCGUCCAUCAGACAUGCUGAGGUUCAACCGUCACAGGGGUUCAGUAAUUUUGAUCAGAUUGAAGAACAGUUGAAGAAUUACUUUGCAACCAACCCACAGGUUUCUUUCAACACCGUUUUAUUGAGUCACAGGCGGCACACAAAUGCAGAAGCAAGUGGACACUUUACACCGGCUUACCGUACACAUCUUCGAGCGCCGUCUUAUGAUCGGGCGUUGUUUGUGGAAAUUCUGAUAAUGACAGAUAUCUUGGGGCAAAAUAGUGGCGAUAAAUCGAGCACAAGAAGGAGGACGUUUGGGCACAUUCGUUUAGAACGCGAGGAGCAUAGAGUAGGAAGCAAAAUGAGUGGUCGUUCACCGGAACUGUAA